GGCAUUAUCAUUUCUUGAUUUUAUAUUAUUUCUUGGUGAGAAGGAAGAAAAGGUUGACUAUCCUCUUUUGACUUUAGCAAAGAGACUUGUUCAGGGCCUAUUUGGGGUUUCUUUGCUUUUGUUUACUUUAUUUGAACUCGAGUUAGUUAAUGAUGCCUUAUAUGGGUUUAUGCGUUUUGUUGUUGUUGAAACUGAGUCUUCCUUGUUGUUGAGCUUUUCAUUACCAAUUUUAUUGGUUAAUGCUUAUUAUUAA